GCUUACUGUGGUCAAGCAUAGAGUCAGAAAGGGCACAGGGCUCGAAAGGAUGACCAAGUCUCUGGGUACCAAGGUGAGAAUUGAGAUUGAUGAAGGGACGCUGCGCCCAAGGAAUCCUUUGCAGGCUGCAAAGCUUGCAACCGAGGGUGGCCUGAUUGCAAGAAGCCAUACACCGGUUCUUCCUCAUUUCAAGGAGUACAAAGAGAAUAAAGCCCUAAUGGAAAACUACAUGGGAAAAGUUGCUGCUAACUUUGAGAUGGACACUGAUUCAGAGAUUGUGAAGGCCUCUUGCACUGAUAUGUUGCAGAAAAGAUCAAAGAACAGACGUCAUUUGAUCAAGAAGGAAUAUUUUGACAAGGUACCAGAAAAUCAGGCCAGCCUCAAGUCUCCCGUGCCAGGCAUGCCAGAUGAUGAAUGGCAGAGGCUGACCGCUUUGUGGACCACUCCAAGACACAAGAAAACUUGCGAGUCGAACAAGGCUAAUCGAGCAAAAGUCCAGUUUCAACAGAAGACUGGUUCAAGGUCCUACACUGCACAUAUUUAUGCUCUUAAUGAGGAACGCAAGGGUGAACCACUGUCCGCAAUUGACUACUUCAAGGCCACUCACAAUGGCAAGACUGGAUAUGCGGAGCCAGUUCAAAAAGCCAUAGCUGAAAUGGAAAAGAGGAUGGUUGCACCAUUACAAGAAGGUCAGGAGCAAAAGUCCGCUACUGCAAUUGUUGCUGAGGUACUUACAGAGCAACGCCCUGCAAGCACAUUCCUCGUGAAUAUUGGGCUGCAGUCAAGCUCAGCUAGGAAUAAGUUCAGAUCAGACUCUAUUGUAUCCGCACAAGUGACCGACCUGAAGGAGAAGCUGGAGAUGUCAGAACAGCAACGCCAAGCAAUGUGUGAAGAGUUGGCAUCACUCAAGAAAAAGUCUGAAGAAGCUGAGGCUGCCCAGGCCGCGCGAGACAGAGAGUAUGAGCUCAGGUUCGCCCGUUUGGCGAUGAUGAUGGGAGGAGGUACUACACCUGGGAACUAGUGGGGUGGGUGCU